AUGGCCGAAAAGGCCCCUCGACUCGACAGCACCCUCGCCUCCCUCCUCGACCGCCGACGACAACGAGGCCAAUUGCGAUCCCUAACCACCGUCCCCCCAGGAACCGUCGACUUCUCCUCCAAUGACUAUCUCUCUCUCUCUUCCCAACCUGCGGUUCAACAAGCCUUUCUCGCUCGCCUCCAAGAUGCCGCUGUCCACCCGCCCGGCAAUGGCAUCAUCACCAACACCACCAACCCAGUUACUAACUCAACCUCCCCCAACCCCCUUUUAAACCCCCCCUCCCUCCUCGGCUCAGGCGGCUCCCGCCUCCUCGACGGUAAUUCCCCACGCGCCGAAGCCCUCGAGCACUUCCUAGCCUCCCACCACCGCGCACCCGCGGCGUUGUUGUUCAAUUCCGCCAUGGACGCCAACGUCGGUCUGUUUGGGUGUGUCCCGCAGCCCGGGGAUGCGAUUGUGUAUGAUGAGCUGAUUCAUGCGAGUGUGCAUGAUGGGAUGAGGGCAAGUCGGGCGGGGAGGAAGGUUGGGUUUGCGCAUGGGGUGGUGUGGGAAAGGUUGGAGGUGCGUCAGGGAGGAGGGAGGUCGUUAGAGGGGGUGUUGAGGGAUUUGACGCGUGGGGAGGAAGGUGCUGGGUUUCGGUUGGGGGAGAAGAAUGUGUUUGUUGCUGUGGAGGGAGUCUACAGUAUGGAUGGGGAUGUGGCGCCGUUGGUUGAUGUUGUGGAGUGUGUUGAGCAGGUACUGGAUCGUGGCAAUGGGUAUGUGAUUGUCGACGAGGCACACUCGGCGGGUAUCUUUGGGGAAUGUGGUCGCGGUCUGGUCUGUGAGCUGGGGCUGGAAAACCGAGUUUGGGCGAGGGUGAUAGGGUUUGGGAAGGCCAUUGGGUGUGCUGGAGGCAUGGUGCUCUGUUCGUCGACCACUCGCGAUUACCUCAUCAACUACGCCCGCACCCUCAUCUACACCACCGCCAUGUCAUUUCCUUCCCUUGCCAGUAUCGAAACGGCCUACGAGUUCCUUGCGGCCGGUCACGCACAGCCCCUCCUCACCCAGCUCAGAUCUCUCAUCCAAGAAACAUACCGACUACUCGUCGCCCUUUGCGUACGGCACCAACCUCCUCCAAGAUUACUACGUCUCGGUAUUGAACGGCUGCACUCGCCUGUUAUCCCUGUUCUUACGUCAAAACCCCGGGACUUGGCGAGGUUUUGUCAGCAAAGAGGGUUCAUGGUACGUCCCAUUGUUGCGCCGACGGUUCCUAAUGGCGAGGAGAGGAUUCGGGUGUGUCUUCAUGCGAAGAAUACCGUUGGUGAGGUUCAGGGACUGGUAACAGCCAUUGAAGAGUGGGUGUUGGAGGCCAUGAGCACCAAACGGCGUGAAGAAACUGUUACAUCACGGAAGACGGGGUCGACCGGUGUCGAUAUAGUAACGCGACCGAGCAGAGAUUCAAAAAUGUGA